AUGGCAGACAAGCCAAUGAAACCGGUUCUCCAAAGACCACCAGGUUACAGAGACCCCAAUCUUCCAGUAAAAUCUGCCCCGAGGCCGCCACCUACAAAAGCACCCCUGCCUCUGCCUCCUUCAUUCCAGCCAAGGAAAAGGCGGUCCAGGCAUUGGUGUCGUCUAUGCAUAUGCUGCUUAAUCCUUCUCAUUAUAAUCUCCAUUCUCCUUCUGGUAAUCUCAGGUGGUCUAUUUUACAUCUGGUUCAAUCCAAAACUCCCCGUUCUCCACCUCCAAUCGUUUAAAUUCUCCACCUUUAACGUCAUCAAGAAAUCAGAUGGCACGUACCUUACCGCCAAUAUGGUUGCAAGAAUUGAAGUUAGUAAUCCUAAUGAAAAAAUUAUAUAUCAGUUUGGAGAGUCUGAGGUGGAAAUAACAGCGGGGGACGAUGAAGUGAAUUUGGGAUCGACGAGCUUGCCUAAGUUCACACUGGAAACCAAGAAUACGACUAGUUUGAAAAUUGAGACAAAAGUGAACAAUGAACUGAUCGAGGAUGAAAUUGGAUCGAAGAUUCUUGAUCAGUUCACGAGCAAGAAAUUGAAGGUGAAGAUGGAUGUGAAAACGGGUGUUGGAAUUGCUUUUGAAGGGAUGAAGACAGGGUUGCUGGCGGUCGAAGUUUUGUGUGGAGGUGUAACGUUGAAGGAGACUGAAAGUGGGUUAUGGUGGGAAGAAGUGAUGCAAGAUCAAAGAGAAUCAUUCAUCAAUCAACGAGGGUCCAUGAAGUUUGAACACAUCCGAACACAAAAUCAUGCGCUAGAGUUCGAACAAUUGUUGGGAGGGGGGACAACUUCGAUUCCUGGGAAGAAGCAUUAUCCCACUGUUUGGGGUGUGGACUCUGGAAAUAUGUUGGCGCGUGUCUUGCUUGGGGCCCAAGUUCAAUCACUGACCCCAUUUCUCAUCUCUUUACCAGGCCAACAAGAUUUGCCACGUGUCACCGAAUCAAACGCCUAA